UGUAGCAGGUGUGACUGGAGAACAAAAACCUUUUUAUAACUGACUACCGCAACGAGAAAAGGAAUAUUUCUUCACGACUGUGCUUUCUUUACAAUAGCAAUUUUUUAGAGACUCUAACAAUGGUUGCACACCGAUAAAGUACUGCCAAACUAUGCGCCGCGAAUCCUGCCACGCGAGUCCGUAAGCUUCGUCGAAUUGUGCCCGCGUGUGUUUCUUUUCAGAAAAGCACCAUAAGGGCGGAGAUGCAUGCUGGUUGCUAUGUGCUGAUGCUAUUGUUCUUCACGACUGGCACUCUCUACCGAAGCCAAGCUUAUUACCAAAGUAAUAUUUAUUGUCACCGAUUGGUGACGCCACUAAUAACAUCGCUUUUAUCACCAUGCACAUUUCCUUGCGUAUUACUGAAUGCAGAAGGAAUUUCAAGCGGCAUCGUUGUACAAUGGGAGCCAGAAGGAACGCCAUGUAAGGUAGGUCGCUGCAGAGGAGGUUCUUGUCUUGGAUUCCGGAAUUACGCAGCAACGAAAACCUUGAAAUCUCGCAUGUUCUUGGGCGACGGCAUUAGUCACCGUGGCAUCGUGGCGGAUUCAGAUGACCGAGGUAUCAGCGUUCCUGUCCUGACUAGUGCCGACAUCUCUGUUAAAGGCCCCAUGAGUAAAAUCAGCGUCACAGAGCGUAGCGACGAACAUAAUAAUAAUCUUGACGGGAGGAGAGCCAGUGCAACAAGUGUUACAUCCAGCAACGGAGGCAGGGUGCCUGAUAUCGGCAUCAGCAGAUUGCGUAUAAAACAGGUAGCGAGACGCAGUGAUCAACAGUGGCCAAGAUCCGGAACUUGGAGAAAAAAGCAAAAAUCCAAAGUCUGCUCAGGGCACCUUCGCAAAAAAGAAAGGAAAUGCACUCGACAAGCUACUGGUGUUGAUAGCACCAAUAGUCAAGAUAACGGAGGAAGAAAUUCCUCAUCUAGCACUUCCAACGACAGGAGGCCGCCACCCAGUGGCGCAGAAACCGGAGGUGGUUUGACUAACCUACCCAGCACCACCAGAUUUGGCGGCCAAGACAACUUUGCUGGAGUAGCCCCUGGGAUGGCGAACCUCGCUUAUGGCACAGGAUUGCCCAAACGAAGGCGCUUCAGCUUACCCUAUGGUGUCGCCCCUAUGCUUACUAUGUCUCUUGUUAACAGCGGUAUCCAGAUUGCAACAGAAGGCGUAAGGGCGGCUAUCAGACAUCACGCCGCGAAAAAGGCUGCAGCCGCACGUAGAAAUGCUGCUGCAGCCGCGGCCGGCAGCAGGAUAGGGAGUUCAGGUAACACUGAGAAGGCUGCCGGCACUGCCAUUCCUACCAGUGGAAGGAGCAAUGCUAGAGCAAGUGAUGGCAGACCUGUCACGGCGGGCGAGGAUGCAGGCGCAACUGGUGGCGAGCGGCACAGCGUUUCCAUUUCCAUAAGUGUCGACACAAAGCCUGGAAACAAUACAGAGCUUGGAACCAGCUCUGGUGACCACAACGGCGGUACCGCCAACACUGGAAACAGUAGUGCCUGAAAAAUUGACAAUAAUUCCUUUUACUGCUUCACAUGAGUGAACCGGCGCCGCCCUUAGCACGAUUACAGAAAAAGUGCUUGGCAGAGCGGAUGAAUGAGGCAUUUAUUUGUGAUGAUCCACGGCAUAUCUAUUUGUCAUGGAAACAAAUGUAGUGGAGUGACAAAGUAAAACAAAAGGCAACCAGAGGUGCCAAGACAUCUCGCAUUUUGGCAGUGACAGAGUCGACAACAGGCUUUAGAAUCAUCAUGGUGAUUUGAAGCAUCGCGCUAAACUGAGCACUUCGCUGUUUUUAGGAAACGAAAUGUCAGAAAAAAAAGUUCUCGUUUGCACUAAAGUUGACCACAAUUUCAGCCCGUUCGCCGGCACCUUAGGCUAACAACUUGUCCAAGAAUAACUCAAAUUACAAUAGAAAUCCAAAAUCAACGGGGCGGACAGAUGGAGUAGCACACCGUGGUAUAAAAGUUAAAACAGUUACAAACCACUUGUCACAAAGAUAGGCCCACCUAUCGAAACGUAGCCCAGCCUUCUUGAGGCAGCCAGCUUAUCCCUGCAUGUAACUUUGAAACUGUAAUCGGACAUCGACACCGGCGUUAUUAUAACGCUCACAGCGAAAUAUAUGUAAAAAUGCCUACGCCCACUAUUUGCACUUCAUGUUUCAAAAAUGAAGCCAACGCGUGUUAGAAAUGAGGCCGUUGUUCCGGAGAUAUUUUGAGAUUUAGAGCUCCUGAUGUUCGCUAUGUCACUCUCAAGGCUGUUUACUUACGAUGCGGCUGCUCGUCUUCAAUAAAUUGGAAAGACACGUGUAAGACAGCUCACCCGGCCCUCGUAAAAUGCGUACGGUAUAACGGAGGAAAUAAUGCUCUGCGAUAUUCGAGCAACUGUGCGGAAC